UUCCACAUUUGUUUGAGUAUAUGCAAGGAAUGCCCUUAAUGACCAAGCUUCGCGCCAGCAAAAAUACAGCACUGCGUUCCAUUCCGCCAUUUUUCUAUUUUCACGACGGUGGCAAUAACGGAACUUGCAUUCGACGCGCGCAGUGCGGCGCACUUCGCUUGAUUUUCUGUUCUGUUUCUUCUGUUUGAAUCUUCGCCGAAAUGAACCACAUCAUCCAGGACAAGUAUAUUCCGCAGCAACUGCUCUACUUCUUGGCGGGCCGGCGCUGCUGCCAGCAGUUCCCUUGCACAUUCCGCACCAGCGAGCACGAAGCCUUCGCCAACAACGCCCGCUCCUUGGGGCUGCGAUCGCAAGUGGUCCAUGUCAACGGGAAUAGCUGCGUGAAGGUGUACAAGCAGGCAUGUCGCCACUACCUGGAGGAGCCCAAGGCGCUGGUUUUGUCCUCGGGCGCCACGCUGAACAUGUUUACGCUGCUGAGCAGGAAGUCCUUGAUGGGCAAGGAGGAUUUGGAGCUAUACGCGGACCUGGUCUCCAUGAAGGCCAAUGCAUCGAACCUGCCGUCACUGCAUCUGCCGCUGCCUGCCAUACGUCCUCCUAACCUGCGCUUCUGGACGGAGGCGCAGCUGAAUUUCCUGACUACUUUUCUGGGUCACUCGCUGAGCGACGAGAUCUUGCAGUCAUUGUACGCCAAUCGGGUGAUCAUCUAUAACGCCGCGCUCUGCUGGGACAAGUCCGUGUUCCUGCCCCUGAUCAUUCUGGACGACUGCCGGAACAAGAAGUCCAACGUCAAGAUCAUGUGCAUCGAGCGGCAGGGCAUUCUGGCCACCUACAACAGCCAGCGAAUGGCCAACUUCUUCGGCGAGCAGCUGGGCGAGACGGUGGGCAUCCAGUUGCCGUACUUCAGCGCCGUUAGCUCCAGCACUGUUAUCAUUUACUCGACGGCCCAGUACUUUUUGCGCUCGCUGGCCAACCAGCAGCUCCGCAACAUCAGUCACCUGGUGGUGAACGAUGUCCACCUGCAUGAUCCCUACACCGACAUCCUGCUGAGCGAGAUCCGCAUGGCGCUAGGUAGCCAUCAGAACCUGAGGGUGGUGCUGCUGUCGCAAAUGGAAAACCCCAAGAAGUUCACCGACUUCUUUGGCGAGGGAUUGGACCUAAAUAUGAUUAAGCAACCGGAGGUCGCACCCCGCGUCUCCUACUUGAAUGACCUGCACAGCUGCAUUGCCCUGGCCGGCAUCCACAAGAGUCCGGACAUCUACAAGGAGAUUCCGGAGGCUUUUCGCGCCAUUAAUCCGCGCAACGAGCAGAUGGACAAGUGCCUGCAGGCCUACGGAGAGUUGGGCACGGACGCCGCCCUACGUCCCUUCCUGUACGCCGUAAACUACGACCUGGCUCCCGUAAACUACCGUCACUCGAUUACCGGCAAAACGGCGGUGCACAUCGCCUCCGAGCUGAACAAGGCCAAUCAUCUGCGCCUGCUGCUCUUCUUGGGCGCUGAUCCCUACAUCGUGGACCUGUUCCAGCAGAACGCCAUAUCCCUGGCGGCCAUGAACGGCAACCACGAGUGCAUCGAUGUCCUGAACAGCUACAGUCUGCACGGCUAUGUGGUGAAGAGUGCCAAGCCGGAUUUCGUCGACUACGAUCUUAUCAUCGACAUCAUGUAUCUGCUGCGCACCAAACCGGAGUAUUCGCCAGGCAACAUCCUCAUCAUUUUGCCCACGUACUACCACAUUGUCAAGCUGAACUACAUGAUCCUGAGCCACUGCCUCACUGGCAGCCUGCAGGAGUGCUCCAUAUUCCUGCUGUACGACAACAUGAGGAAUGACUACCUCCAGGCGUUGGUCAACGCCAACGAUGAGACCGUGAAGGUGGUUCUGGCCACGGAUAUAAUCGAAUCGCUAUGCCUGAAGGUGCCGUUCAAGUACCAAAUAGACACCGCCUGCCGGCUGAACAAUGUUUACGAUAUCACGAGCUGCAGCGGCGAUGAUCGCUUCGAAUGGGUGGCCAAGGACGCCCUUCUACGAAGGGAGCAAAUCCUUCAGCCCAAUAAAGGGGAUGUACAAUGCUUCCGUCUGAUAAACAAGGAGGCCUACGAAGGGCUUGGCGAGACCAGUCCGCCAAGCCUGCAGACUAUGCAACUGGACAAGAUCUGCCUGGCGGUGAAGCUACUCUCGCCCAAUACGAUUAUAAGCGAAUAUCUAGGUACUACCAUCUCACCGCCACCGCUGAUCAACGUGCACCAUGCCGUGCAGUUCCUUAAGAAAAUAGACGUGCUCGAUGAGGCCGAGGAUGUGACCUGGCUGGGCUGCCGCCUGAUGGACAUCCCGGUUUCCUGCCAACUCGGCCGCAUGCUGAUCUUCGGCAUCCUGCUGCGCUGCCUGGAUCCAAUUCUCACGAUUGUCAGCUCUCUGUCGACGGCGGACCCGUUGGGCAUUCCGUUUACCGAGGACAUCGACAGCUUGUGGGACAGGUUCACCAUCUACAUCCAGAACAGCAUCAAGAAAGAGCGGACCUACCUGUCCGACAAUCAGUUUUCCGAUCACUUCAUCUUCGUGCGCUUGUACAAGGAGUGGCAAAACCGAAUGCACAACAGGACUCCGCCGUUAUACCUUAAGGAUGAGUAUGAAUUCGUGCUGAAUGGUCUGAUGGAGCAGCUCACCUCCAUUCGUUCCGAGAUCGUGAACUCGUUGCGGGCAGCCAAUUUGAUCCACAGCCGAGGUAAGCUGUCCAUGAACAAUCUCAACCAGAUGUCCUGCAAUUGGCAUAUGGUUAAGGCGGCCCUCACGGGCGGAAUGUACCCCAACAUCUAUGCCGUGGACACUAGGAAGAGUUCCCUAAAGUCGGCCUUCUCCGGGAACAUUUCCAUGCACCCGAACACCGUGCUCCGCGAUUUCUUGGAGCCACUGAAUAUUUCGGCUCAGAGCUUCCGCACACCGUGGAUUGUGUGCAACAGGCAGAAGAGCCACAUUGUGUACGCCACCCUGGUCGUUCCUCUGGCUGUUGCCAUGUUCUCGGGACAUCCACGGAUUCGCCUCUCGCCGAUCUGCGACAGUGAAAUGAGUUUGACCGAUCGCAACGUGAACGUCUUUAUAGACGAAUGGAUCUGGAUGGUUAUGUCCAAGGCUACUGCGGAGAUGGUGAUGCGCACGCGCUAUUACUUCUUUAAAAUGUACCACGAACUGCUGAAGCACUGCGGCGAGCUGGACAUGUGGCGCCGCGACUCCGAGCCAGUUUCGCAAUUCACCUUGCUGACUGAUACGCUAUCGAAGAUCUUCGAGAGUGAGGAUGGGUUCGUGGGCUUCUUCAAGCCUCCGCCCAUAACCUUUCUACCCACUCCCCAGCUGCCAUCCUUGUACCUCCUGUCCGUUAACGCCAACUUCAGUUGGGCUAGGGAAGUGGAGGAGAACAUGCUGCCGAAACCCCAUCAUCUCAGUUCGCACUUCAUCGAGAGGCAGUUCUUCGUGCUCUACGCAGGCGGCAACUGCGAGGAGUUCCACAGCAGGUACACGCCAGCCUUCAUUGAAAGUGUCCUCGGCAAGUUUGUCAGGCCCAUCGCUACGCCCAACCGAAACAUCUUUGUGAUCCUGUAUAGAAAGGAUCCCGAUAUGAUGCUCAGCAUUAGUCGAGCAAAAUUCGUCAAUGGUGUGUUUAUGCUGCAGGAAUACUUCCGAAACAACAUUCCGGUGUUUGAAAUUUUAGAUGCGUGUGUGUCGUUGAAUGUGCAGACACCAGUGUUUGAUGGCCGCCUGAUGUCGGCGCUCAUUGACAAGCGUGUCGGCAACUUGAUUAUGGAACUGUUCGCCUUCCGCCACCACUGGAUUCACAAGCGAUAAAGCCUGCUUCCUCCGAAGAAGCGUGCCGAACCAAGUAGGACUUGAUUGUGCCUUUUAUUGCUGUGGAGUGACUGUUAAUUUUAAAUGAGAGCUAACCAGAAUCAAAAUACGUACUUCUAGUACCAUAUUGCAUCGUUGUUUAAAAAUAUUUGAAAUGUGCAUCCCAAUCAUGGUAGAUGUGAGACAAUAAAGAAGUAUCUUUUAAUACGCAAA